AUGAAUCUUCGUCGUGUAGAUAAAGGUAAAAAUUAUUAUUCUAAAUUAUACAAUGGUAAACAAACACUAAAUAACACACAACAACAACCAUCAAAUAAAACAAAACAAUAUUCUCCAUCAAAACAACAGAAUCGUCGUCAAACAGUAACAUCGGCAAUGAGAACAAUAAUAAAACGGGAAAUCGAUAAAUAUAAAUGGAAGCAAAAACAAAAAAAUAUGAAUAAAAUGAUGGACGAUAUUCGUUCGAUUGCACAGAGAUGUUUGAAACGAGCGUUAAAAGGUGGUCGAAAUGGUCCAACAAUCACAUCGGGGCUAUCAGUCAUUACUCCAGAGCAAUAUCUUUUUCUUCGACGCCAUUUCAUUGUUCGUGGUGGUAAAGCACGUCGAAAUGAAUUGUUAUUUCAACAAUUAAAUUUACAUACAGCAAUGAGAAGUAUUGGGGGCAAUCGAUUCGUCAAAGGCUAUGACCUUCAUUUUUCAAUUUAUCGUAAGAAAAAUGAACCAUAUCAAACAAAAGACUACAACUGGUAUUCAACAGAAGGUCAAUGUUCAUUUAUAGUUAAAUGUGUUCAAAUGGAUGACGUUGACUGA